UCCUCACUCUUUUCUUCUUCUUUUUUUCUCUCAAUUAACUUCAAUGGCUGUGGUAAACUCUCUUUCAACAUCUUUUCUAAUUACCAAAUCAUCUUUCACUACAAGGACAACAAGGCUGCCGGUCCACAGACAAGUGGUGUUUGCAAGUGUUCAUGACAAUAUUUCAAACAACGUAUCAUCAUCAUCAUCGCCAUCAUCGUCAUCAUCAACAACAACAACUCCUUGUCAGAUCAAAUCAACUUCGAAAAAUGGGCUUAAGGUAUUUGAAGAUAAGUCAACGGGUGUAGUUUGUUAUAGAGAUGAAUAUGGAGAAAUCACAUGUGAAGGAUAUGAUGAAGGCCCUCGUUUUUGUCACCAAACCCCAAAGUCUCCUUCUAAAUCAAGAGACGAAGAGAUGGUAGAGCUCCUUCAAAGAAAUUGGUUUCAUAUAGCUGAUGUUGCUGUGGAAUGAAGAGAUUUAAUGCAUUCUUAACGGGUUAAAUCAACUCGAUUAUAUAUAUGCCUCAAGUUCAAGCUAAUUAGAUAUUGUUACUCGAAUAUUAUGUAUCCGUUCUGUUUUAUUCAGACUCAUCAUAGUUGUCGCUGUUCUAAUAGCCAGUAUAAUUUCACAAAAAGAUGAGGGGUAUUGGCUUGCUUUUUCUUUUUCUUUUUUUACUAAUUAAAAUGUAUAUAAGUAGUACAACUUGUGUAUUGACAAUUUAUUUUUCACUUUCAACCUAAUGUUUUUGCUUCCAAUCCUCACAAUUUGUAUAUAUAUAUAUAUAAGAAUGGAUUUUACUGUUUAGUGACAGAAAAUGUU